UCUCUCUCUCUCUCUCUGUGUUUCCGUGUUACACUACUUUCCUUUCAAGUUUCAAUGGCAUCUUCUGUAACCAUAGUAAGUCUUUUUCUGGUAACAUUUUCUCUAUUCUCACCGUCACAGUCAGCCUCCUGUCAGUCACAGACUUUCACCAGCAACAGGAUUUACACUUUCUGCAAUGAUCUCCCUUCACUUAACUCCUACCUUCACUGGGCCUACGACCUGGCCAAUUCCACCCUCUCCAUAGCCUUCAUCGCCGCUCCGGCGAAGCCCAACGGCUGGAUUUCAUGGGCCAUAAACCCAACCGCCACCGGCAUGGUCGGGUCCCAGGCCCUGAUGGCAUUCCGGGACUCCAAGGGCGCAAUGACGGUUAAGACGUAUAAUAUCAGUUCAUAUGGUCCUGUAACGGAAUCCAAGGUGUGGUACCAGGUGAAGGAGUCUUCGGCGGAAUUUUCAGGCGGGAUGAUGCGGCUUUUUGCUACUAUUGUGUUGCCGGAGAAGGGGAAGAGUACGGUGAACCAUGUGUGGCAGGUGGGUCCUUCUUUGACGGCGGGGAUGCCCGACAAGCAUGAACUUCAGCCGGCGAAUUUGAACUCCAAAGGGAGCCUUGAUUUGUUAAAAGGACAGAGCGCCGCUUCUAACGGUGGUGGAGACUCCAGGACCAAGAAAAAGAAUAUUCAUGGGAUACUGAAUGUUGUGAGUUGGGGAAUUAUGUUUCCAAUUGGGAUCAUUAUCGCGAGGUACGUGAGGGCAUUUCCAUCGGCCGAUCCAACAUGGUUUUAUCUUCAUAUCUUCUGCCAAGUUUCGUCCUACGCCAUUGGUGUUGCUGGUUGGGGGACAGGUCUUAAGCUUGGAAGUCAAUCCAAGGGCAUUCGUUAUACUGGCCAUCGCAAUAUCGGGAUUGCUCUCUUCUCGAUUGCUACUUUGCAGAUAUUUGCAUUGUUCUUGAGACCCAAAAAGGACCACAAGUAUCGGUUUUACUGGAACAUCUACCAUCAUGGAAUUGGCUAUACAAUUCUCGUUCUUGGCAUCCUCAAUGUGUUCAAAGGUUUAGAUAUACUCAAUCCGGGACCCAAGUGGAGGGAUGCUUAUAUUAUUCUGAUCGCGGUUUUGGGAGGCAUUGCUCUAGUAUUGGAAGCAAUCACUUGGAUAAUCGUAUUAAGGCGGAAGUCGGGAAUGUCAACCAAACCAUAUGACGGGAUCAAAACCGGUCAUGGUAGGCAAGAACCUCUAGCUCCAUGAUCAUAUGUUUUAUUCACUUAUAGCACGUUCGGGUUUAUACCAUCCUCUUUCUAUUCGCUUGUUUGAGGUAAUACGAGGGUUAGUUGUUUGAGAUUGUGGGAUUAUUGCUUAUUUUUAUUUCACCUCAUGUAUAUUAGUUUGUGUAAUCAGUUUGGUAUAUACAGCAAACACGAAUCGAGUCUAUUAUCUUGUAUACUCUGUUCUUUUGUAUUUCUAUUCGUAUUCUAUAAAUUGCUAGUUUUUGCGUUUGA